CACCACACUCUUCUAAGAGCUUGCUAAGAGGGCUAAACGAUCGGAGAGGGAAAUGUAUAGGUUAGUACGACCUACAAGUUGGCAUAAAACACUUUGCAAUCAUUAUACGCCGUGCGAAGUCGGGGGGAGCCAGAAAUCAGUCAGACGCCGGUGGAUCUACCGACACUAUAGCGCUGCGCUGCGCACUUCGUAUUAUGAGAGCACCCCGAAUCAUGUCCCAUAGUUGUACCUUUAUCGCAUCGUGAAUGGCAAAGCUGAAGAAGAGGUCAGAACGGCGGUUAAUGCUCAUGCCAGAACACUACGACGAUAUGGAGCGUACAGAUGGCGAUGAAUCGGAGUCUUCACGAUCCUCGGCGGAGGCUCCAAGAGAAGAUAUUUGCUGUUCCAUAACCAGUCUACAAGAUCACUUCCGCGUCCUGCAGGCUAAUAUCGUCGACGAAGUCCGCAGGGCGAUUCGCGAAGAAUUUGACGACUUUCGUGUCGCAAAACCGAAGGAGACCGCGAUGGGGACGAGACCACCCGGAGACCGAAAGCCGGGACGCACUGCGCUUCAUCGCUGCGCUGGUGACGUGAGCUCUCAUGCUGAAAAUAUAAAGAUGGCCACCCCUCCAGGAUCUCCGACGCCUGGGUCUCCGCAGCCCACAGCUUCGUUUGAGGCCCAGUUCAAAGCGUUCGCCAAGUUCGGCGACAGUAAAAGCACCGGCGAAGCCAUUACCCUGUCCAAUAGCGACAAGUGGUUCAAACAAGGCAAAGUUAUCGACGGCAAGAAGAUCACCACCACGGACACCGGAAUCUACUUCAAACAAGUGGCAAAGACGAAGAAAGCUCUGGCUAUAAAAGACUACGAACAGUUCCUGCAAAUUAUUGGCAAGAACAAGAAAGUGGAAGUUGAAGAUAUCAAGCAGAAAUUACGUACCUGCGGACCGCCCGCGACGACUAGAACAACGCCUGUAGCCACAGGAGGAGCCGUGGCACGGUUAACGGACCACACUAAGUACACUGGGACGCACAAGCAGAGGUUCGACGACACGGGUAAAGGCAAGGGAAAGGACGGCCGUGAAGAUCCCCCUGAUGAGUCGGGCUACGUCACAGGCUACAAGGACCAAGGGAAUUAUGACAAAACCCACUGAGCUGCGUCUCCGACUGUACAUAACCCUUCCGGCAGUGUUGCGUUCCUUGUGUUAGACAUAUCGUGCAUGAAGCAUCGUGCGUCAUUGAAGUUUCGCUGUGAAGCAGAUUAUCUGCUUCUUUUCACGCUUCCUUAGCUUAAUUGUUAAAUGACUUACUUUACCUUGUCCACCGUAGGAACGUUUGAUGAUGGUUCGAUUCUUCUCCAGAUAGGAGCAAAACAAAAAAAAUCUAAACGUGUGAUUGAACCAAAAUGGGAACGGUUUUUACAAAGAAGGCAAGGUGUGCAGAAAAUAGGAGAUUGCUUCAACUAAUUGGAUAUGUAGGUACUGCAAGGUGCGUUAUAAGAAUGGUUCUACUGAAAAUUCGGUGCAAUAAUUUCUCAUAUUUUUACUCAGGUAGCUCGAUCCAAAUGGGACAUUUUGUCUGUAUAUACGAACGCAGAAGCCCCGUAAUUCACAAAUUCAACUAUGCUUAUGUAAUGCAGCACACACGAUACCUUUCCCGCUGAUUCACAACGAUGGCUUUCCGAGAUGGUACAUAUAAUAAGGCUCGAUGACGCUGAAACACAUUUAUCGUAAGCAAUGUAUAUCGACCACCGGAUUUCAUAUAUUUUUGCGUUAUUUGGAGAAUUUUCACUAACUUUAGUAAUGAAGACGCCACAUAGAAAGUCGCACUUUUCUUCAAGAGUACAAAUAUGAGGAAUAUUCGUGUUCCAACAUUCCCCAAGAUGAGAGUCUCCCAUUGUCCGACACAUCUUUCCUUCCAUCUACAAAUUGCUAGCAGUGCCAAAAAAUGUGAGAAAGUGCGCAUUCAUCGUGUAGACAAUAAUGUUUGUUCAUAAAAUUUGCCGCAACGAGA